AUGGGUGAGGUUCAUCUAGAUACAGUGCAGGGGAGAGAAGAGGAUGGAAUCGGCUGUGCUCUACAUGCAGCCAGCAACAGACAGAAGGAGAGAAAGCCCAGAGAACAGCAUGCUCACCAGUCUAAAGUAAAACAUUUUUACAGAAUUCUAGUGGGGCUUACUCAAGAUUUUUUUCCUCUGACCUGUGAGCUCCUGGAAGGAGGGAAUCAGACUAGCACCUUGGAGUUCCUCCUCUGGGGGCUCUCAGACCAGCCACAGCAGCAACACAUCCUCUUCCUGCUGUGUCUGUGGAUGUGCGUGGUCACUGUGGCUGGGAACCUGCUCACUGUCCUGGCCACUGGCACCGACACACACCUCCGCACCCCCAUGUACUUCUUCCUUGCCAGCUUGUCGUGUGCAGACAUCUUUUUCACCUCCACCACUGUGCCCAAGGCCCUGGUGAACAUCCACACCCAGAGCACGUCCGUUUCCUACGCAGGAUGCUUGGCACAGCGCUACUUCUUCUUGACUUUUGGGGACAUGGACAUCUUUCUCCUGGCUACAAUGGCCUAUGACCGCUACGUGGCCAUUCGCCACCCGUUCCACUAUAUGACGAUCAUGAGCCUCCACCGCUGUGCCCUCCUGAUGACCGCCUGCUGGACCCUCACGAGUCUUGUCGCCAUGACUCACACCUUCCUCAUAUUCCGGCUUUCCUUCUGCUCUAAGAUCAUUCCUGACUUCUUCUGUGAUUUGGGAUCGCUGAUGAAGGUGUCUUGCUCUGACGCCCAGGUCAGUGAGCUUGUGCCCCUCUUCCUAGGGGGAGCAGUCAUUUUAAUUCCUUUUAUGCUCAUCCUGGUCUCUUAUAUCCGCAUCACUUCAGCCAUCCUCAGCCCCUCUGCCCAGGGAAGGCGUAAGGCCUUCUCUACCUGCGGCUCUCACCUCAUUGUUGUUGCUCUGUUUUUCGAGGUGGUGAUCAGGGCUUAUCUGUGCCCCUCAUUUUCUUCCUCCAACUCAGUAGAGGGGGAUACAGCGGCUGCUGUCAUGUACACCGUGGUGACUCCCCUGCUGAACCCCUUUAUUUACAGCCUGCGGAACAAGGACAUGAAGGCUGCGGUGGUUAGACUUCUCGAGGGUAGAGUCUCCUUCUCACAGGGCCAGCGACUUCUGCUGAGAAACUGA